AUGCUCCGCGGCCACCAGGAGUCUGGGGCGUGGGAGGAAGCCAGGACCCCCUGUGGCUCGCUGGCAGCGGCGGCUCCCGGCGGAGGGCCCUCACCUCCUCUGGUCCCGAGGCUGGACUCGGAGCUGGGGACGGACAGUCUCUUUUCCAGGCUGGAGACGUGUGACGUGACCGCGGUGGAGCUGCUGCGACGGAACUCGGGAUGGGUGUUUGAGAACCCAGCCCUGGGCGUGCUGGACUACCGGGUGCUGGGCACCGACUUCAGGGACUACGCCAUCGUCUUCACCCAGCUGGAGUUCAAGGAUGAGGCCUUCAGCACCGUGGAGUUGUACAGCCGGACGCAGCGGGCCAGCCCGGAGGCCGCGCGCCUCUUCACCAGGUGGAGCAAGGGCCUGGGCUUCCUGUCCCAGCAGCAGGCCACGCUGCAGCAGGACCGAAGGCAGCUGAAAAUGGGGCCAAGGAGGCUGGCGUCCGUGCUGGUCCUGGCACUGCUGCUGGCCACAGGGUCCCGGCCACAGGACCAGCUGCCCAGGGAGGCCUACAGCCUCAACUGGAACAAGUUUUCAGGGUUCUGGUACAUUCUGGCUGUCGCCUCCGAUGGCCAGGGCUUCCUGCCCGGCAGACACGGGAGGAAGCUGGGGGCGUCCAUGGUGAAGAUUCGCAAAGCAGGCCAGCUGGAGGUGGUCCUGGCCUUCAGCCGGUCACAGGGGUGCCAGUCACACAUGCUGAUUCUGCGGAAAGACGGGAAGAAGGCGACGUUCAGGAACCCAUUGAGGGGGGUGCAGGGCUUCCAUGUGCUGUCCACUGACUACAGCUACGGCGUGGUCUCCCUGCGGCUGGGCCGGGCCGGCCGGGCCUCCAGGACCCUGCUGUUCUUCAGCCGACAGAGCGUGUCCAGCUUCCCGAGCGUGAAGAAAUUCAUAGACAUUUGUGAGAUUUUGGAGCUCACGGAUGGUGUGACCUUUCUCCCAAAAGACGCCUCCUGUGCGCACACCAUCCUGCCCUGAGAGCCAGCCGUCCCUCUUUACUUUGGGGCUUGGCUUCUGGUCCCCCUUGCCCCCAGGAGCAUUCUUCAAGACCACAGGUGUUUGCAUCCGUCGGCUUAUUGAGAGGUGUUUGGUGGCCCCAGGCCAUUGAUGGGGUGAAGUCCAAGGGCCAUGGUUCUAGCCCAAAAAGGAUCCAUGAUGACCACCAGGAGAUGGGGAUAGGAGGGCAUGUGGUAACCGGGCAGGGAGAUGCCAAAGCCGGCCCACCAGCUCAUGUCCUGGUGGAGGGAUGCUGUCACCUCCUGUCUGCUGUAAAACAGAUCUUGGUCAGGACCGGGAGCCCACGGAGGCUGAGCCUGAGGGUGAAAAGGCUGAGGUGGGAGAUGUGGGUGUCCAGGGCCGGGUCGGUGCCGGGUCACCCAGGGAAGAGCCCCGGGGGCCGGUGUGGGGCCAGGGGAUGAGUCUGGCCUCAGAGCGCCCAGCUGAGGACUGCAGGGGGGAGGAGGUCUGGGCUGGGGUCCUGG